GGAGGUCAGUUUCUUCAUCAUAAUUAUUCAAAUUCUCAUGACCAUUGAUCAACAACCACUGAUCAACGGCCAUGAGUCCCAUUUAUCCAAAGGGCUCACUAAAGAUCAGCUGAUUUCUACAGGGUAAAAAGUGCUUAAACUAUUUCAGUUACCCACUAUGACCAUUGCUGCAAUGCAGGAUGAACAGCACUGAUGGGGCUCUGAUAUACUCAUGUAAUAUAUUAUGAGAGAAAGUGCUACAGACCGCUUUCAAAGUUUCAUCCUCCACAGCAUGUGUCCUGAUCAGCAGGCUCCUCUUUGGCUCAGUGUUAAAGUAAUUAUCUGAUUAUUCCUGUGAAGCAGUGCCAGAAGCUGCAUUGCAUUUCCACAGUUGAUUGAGAUUAAGACUGAACGUGCAAGCAUAGCAGAUUGGGCUGCAGUUCUGCUGGAUCAUGACCAGGAAGAGAUGCAGCUCCAACAGACAUCUCCGGUACAGGACUAGAGCUUUGCCAGGCACUGAGCAGGAAACAGCACUGAGGUAAGACACGCUACACUGACUAUAAUGCAUGAACAUACCUGAGCUCUUAUACUUAAUUACAUAUUAGGGGAAAAGUUCUUCUCCAUUAUUUAAUGGGUUUUAUGAACAGCACAAGAACAAUAAUAAAUUCCAUUUAUUAAUUUAGAGUUUCAGUGGAGGGACUAUGGUCCUGCAUUGGAGGUCUUUCAGAUUAUUUAACUUCAAGUUUGUAAUCUGUGUUUGGCAUUGCAGCCGAGUCCAGGGUAAGAAAACUUAAGUUCCACUGUGAGCUGGAAGAGUCACAACUGCGAAGGGUGAAUUAUUUUAAGCGUGACACGAACAAGUUCUAAAUCUGCCUCUCGUGCACACUGUUAAAUCCUCCCAAUGCUUUUGAUUGUUGGGCUGAAGGAAGGACAAUACUCGGUGUAUAAAAGCUCAAUCAUUUUAUUCCAUACAAUUCAACACUUUUGAGCAUAAACCAUCCGGAUGGGAGAUGAGCGCGGGAGGGUGUCCGCCUGAUCUCGAAGUGUCUGAGCGUUCCUCACAUUCUUAUAGCUUAAACUGUUGUCUCAUAUUAGGUCAACUUAAACAAAUUAUAUUCAUGCCAUCUGUCCUAAAAUAUCUGAUCUGGGCCCACACACAUCCGUUGCCUGACGUUGGUGUGGAUCUCCAAGCCGCUUUGCAACCCAUCGAAAACCCUUCUUUCAUGCUGUGUCUGAACUAUUAAUUACAUAUCUGUCAUCACUGAUGGUUUCAUGGAUCUUUCUGCUAAAAGAGGGUGGGUGUUGGUUCGGAAGGAGAGACAUGAAGCCAUAUUUAAAUGACCACAGAGGGAAACAGUACUUUCCUUAGUGGUCAUGAUUUGUGGUUGCAGGAAGUGUUGAGAUGCUGACUCAACUGAUCCUAGGAUGGACUGCGUUGCUAAGCAGUCUCCCGUCGGCUGCUUCCUCUAUUACAACAAGAUUCCCAUCCAGCAGAGGCAGCAGGUGGUCAGUUUCAAAAUGUGAAGUCUUCAUCACUCCUCCUCUUCCACCACCUAUGUUUCCUCCAAUCAAAUGGAAAGCAGAGCUAAUGGUUGACGUAACAGAACACAUCACAGGACCUAAAGGAGAAAAAGGCUGUAGGGGAGCCAGAGGACCGAAGGGGCAGCUUGGUGUGUUCGGUCCAGAGGGAGAAGGUGGAGUGCAAGGAGCCAUGGGCCAGCCAGGUCAAAAGGGAGAGAAGGGAGACCGAGGCUGGAGGGGCCUGUAUGGAGACAUAGGAACUCCUGGGAUGAUGAAGGGCAAUAAGGGGCUGAGGGGAUUCAGUGGUGAUAAAGGUGUCAAAGGAAAAACAGGCCUGGAGGGAGUGAAGGGGGAGCGUGGCAUCCCUGGAUACCCAGGACAGAAGGGAGACCCGGGCCAAUGGGGCGCUGCGGGGAAAAGGGGGGAGGAGGGAUCCAGAGGAAAGCCUGGGGACAGGGGGAGCACGGGCCCGAAGGGAUCUCGUGGGCUCAAAGGGUUUCAAGGUCAUCUUGGUCACGCGGGGCGUCACGGUCAGACUGGAGAACCUGGACUUCCUGGACAAGUGUAUAUCCUACCAGGCAUGGAGGGAGAGACAGGAAACCCAGGUCCUCCAGCCACAUGCAACUGUUCACAGGUUCAGAGCCCACAACGAUUGGUGGACGGAGUGCACACGGUGUUUGUUGCUGAUGGAGAGAAAGCGAUGAGAAGGCUGCGGGUGGAGAACGUGGUGGUGCUUCGCACGGACAAAAAGGCUCUGUACAUCUACGCCGAGUCUCAGUGGAUCAACGUAUUGGUAACACACAGCGACAAUCGAAUGGAAACACACAAUACACAACUGUCUGAUGUUUAAUCAAGAGUCUGUGUGUUGCUCUCUCUCCACACAAACAGACGAUUUGAGUGUUUCUUCACAUACUGAAGCUUUAAAUCAUUAUUGAUUAUGAUUAUUCUUUUAUUUUUAUUAACAGUCACAGUGUCUUCUCUUCUGUGUGUUUUCCCUGCAUGGAGCAGCAGGAUCCCCGACACUGACGGCAUACUGAAGCUGAACCAGACCUCCAACCUCAGCUGUCCAUUAGCAGCGAGAAGCGUCUGAGCAGCUCCUCUAACAUUUACAAGCAUCCCUGGAUUUAUGUGACCACUCUAAUAUGACCUAGAAAUGUCCUUUUGUGAAAGCUCGAGCUGAAAGGUUUUUUCCACCACCAAGUUGGCGAUGUCUAAUUGUCCAUCUCAGACUGUUGGUCACUGAACAUCCUCGGGAUCACCCCUGCAGCAUUUCUAACAUUUACAAAGUUUACAUGUUAUAUUUGAUAAGAUCUGACAACUGAAAGCAUAACGUCAUCAGGACUGUACUGUGUGACUCUCCUGAGGAGUAAGGAGGCUCAUUUCCUCACAGACACAAACAGAAGUCACUUAAAAUAAUGUUCCUGUAUCGUUUGCCUUUCCACACCUGGAAGCUUUGCCUGUCUUUUGUCUCAACGGAUGAUUUAUGCAUGCAUCAUUUAAAAGCACUUAAACAAGUCUUCAUCAUAACCAAAAGGAAAGUGUUUCUUUCUUGUGGUGCUGCAGUGAUCCGCCUCCUACAAAGAGGUCAAUAAAAACAAAUACUUUGUCUUA